AUGAUAUGGUUUCGUCACAUCACGGAGGCAACGGAAGCGUACAAAGCCCGGGAAGGGAAGCAUAAGAAUCCGGAAUCCUCCGUUUUUCCCGACAGUGAUUCCUCUGUACCUGAUUCCUCCUCUACUAGUAGCAAGCUUCCAAAUGAUGAGGGGUUGGAGGGUGAGACCUCGUCGUCCUCUGUGGAGACGGAGAGCGGGAACGCCACGCUAUCCCCAGCCACACCCGGGGCACCGCUGGAUGCGCGUGCCAUCGCCUGCCCCUCCCCAACUCCGACUGAGAAGGGGAUCCAGCAGAAGGCAGGUGUGGGGAGUCCGUCGACGGUGCGGCGAUUCCAGAGAGUCGAGAUCCUCAAGAUUGCCGAAGGGUCUCAAUUGAUUUCACCCAGUGAAGUGGUGGUUUCGCAUGGCCCGGCCACUAUCCUCACUGCCGAACCUGUCCUCACUCCUAUAGAGCGGCUGAGGCGGAAAGAUGCCGAGAUCCAAGCCGCCCUGAAGGAGAAGCAGGCCUUAGUGGCUGAUAUCCUUCAGGUCCCAGCUUCAGACUAUGAGCACAUAGUUGACAUGGCCCUUCAUGCUCCCGGAGACAAGGAUGCGCGGGAGCUAAUCCUCUCCUCCAUCGAACAAGCCAAGCUCCUUGAGGGCCUGCUGAACGAGAGCCUGAGGAUAUCAGACGAGGUGCUGAUAGCGGCCACAUCGUCGGAGGCGUCUACCGCAGUGGCCCCAAGUCCCGGUGGAAGUGGGAGUCGCAAGGCCAAUCGCCUCCCAUCCAUCCCCACACAUCGCAUCCUCAGCAUCUCUGCCACCAUCAGCUCCCAACUCACUCAGCUCCUCCACGUCGUAGCUGAGCGAGAGGAGGAGCGUGAGCGGUUACGAAAGGAGGUGAAGAAUUCCCGUGAGCAACUUCAUCUUCUCCUCGAACAGAAGCUUCCUUCUUCCUCGCCACAGGUCCUCCCGGCCUCCUCUUCCCCCGCCGAGACACAGAACGACUCUCCAGAUGCGAGUCCAUUGAGGGGGGCCAAGGCCGAAGGAGACGAAGAUGAAGAGGAGACAGAAGAAGGGGAUCCUGCCAGCUGCACUUCCUCCAAAGACAGGCAAUCCUCUGAAGAUUCCAGUGAAGCAUACAUGGAUGCAUCCAGUUCCUCGUCACAUUCUCAGUCGCAGCCAGUCGAGAACUUGAGUGAGAAGGCCGAGAAGACUUGAUUUCCUAGUACUUUUUUGGCUCCUGUCCUCAUAAAUACAUACAGUCCUGUGACUCAACCAGUGAUCGCCUGUGGCAGCGCAAUGUGUGCGAACCAUGCUUGGUUUCCUUAAUCGUUUCUGUCUGUCUCACACAAAAGUCAAAGGAAGGGGAGCCCACGACAACUUGGACCUGUGUGCCGUCCAGCAACACCAAAGACGUUUGUUUGACUCCUUUGUCCCUCCCCACCUUUCUCAUGUGACCUCGCCUCCCUGCGCUCAUCUCUCUCUGGUCACGAAUCAAGAUUCCACUGCGGGUUCAUCAUGAAAAAAAAAAUCCAAUCAAAAUGAAUAUCCAAGUCGCUGAUUUCCCCAUGUCUUGUGAGAUGAUGUCCUAAAGUUUUUUCUUUGGGGUUCCCUUGUGAUUUUUAUCUUUCCUUUUUUUGACUUGAUUUUUUGAGGAAAAGUGAUACAUUAUCUUGAUAAUGGAGAUAUACUCUGUUGUCCUGUGCAGAUGUCCCUGUUCUCUCUCAUGAAACAAAAUUGCCAAUUCUUAACAUAUCAGAUGCGAAACCUCUUCCCAGGCCUGGACCUGUGUCCUAAUUCCAGCAGAAUGUUCAGUAUUGCUGCAGCAAUCCCUCCCCCUAAGUCCUCAACAUGUUCCUAUGCCUCAUAUAGAAUUUUUUUUCAAUGUAAGAGACAGUUUAAUGGUGUCUAGUCCCAAAUCUGUGUUGUCCUGCAAGACAUUGGUGAUUGCUGAAGCAUUUUCCUCUCCCUCUAUUCCUUUUCCUUCCACUACAUUAUACUUCCAAGUCCUUCAUCUCUACCUUGCAACUGAUACACUUUUGAGCUUCCCUCAAAACGAUCGGAAGCUGGCUUCCGAGAUCUACUUUAUUUUCCUUCUGUUCAGACAUCACAGGUACCCUGGCAGCUAAAUAAUAUUUCUGUGGCUUCUUUUCUCAUUUUCUUCAUCACAGUGGUGUUAUUUAUUUUCGGAGAAGGAAAAAAAUUCCCAGAAGAGCUUAUUGUUUUUUCCCAUUAAAAAUUUCCCCCCCCCCCCC